AACCGUCAUUAAACCACGCGUUAACACCAUGUGCCCCCAUUUGAUGCUACUAUUGUUCAUUUACGCCCUCCCGUGUGACUCUGAAGCCAGAUACGUCACCAACAUCGUCAACCUGGAAGUCCAGUCAAAAACCGACCUAAGAAACCAGUUUGCCUUAACCAAGAACCUAAUCAUCUUUCAAAAUCGGGGUCCCAACACCAUACACACCUACAAAUACAUCGUGGCCGAACCGGACCCACACAGAAUCCACUUCUACAACCCAGAAGGAACAGAACUGGAAUUCGAACAAACCCCAACCAACGAAUCCCGCUUUUCCUCCUUCGUGGUCGAUUUAAACAGAAAUAUUCACCCCAACGAAAAAUACACCCUCCUUGGCAAAAUCGCAUACGUCAGAAAAAUCCAACCCGCGCAGAAAAAUCGCCACGAAAACGAAGACCAAGUAAUGAAAUUCGAAAACCAAGCGAGAUUUUUUUCAUCGUACUACACCAAGUUCUCCAAAGUUGAGUAUUUGUUGAGGAACGAGUCUCUAAUAGAAACGUCGCUUGUUCCAUCGUUUCGAACCAACACCAGUUUGGUUUAUAUUUUUUACAACACGGUGAGGUUCGACUCGAGCUUGAUUGAAAUCGUCUUCGUCAAUAAUAACGCGUUUUUGACUAUAACCAACUUGGAAAGAACCAUCGACAUCAACCACUUCGGGAAGAUUAUAAUUGAGGACGAAGUGAUAGUGCGCAACAUUGGUGCGCGUCUUGUUGGUCCUUACAGUCCCUCAGCUUUGGCACCCCUCUCCGACCAAAAAGGCGCUUCGAACUGGCUCUACACCCACCUACCAGCGUCCGCAGAAAACGUGCAGUUCUACGACGUUCUAGGCAAUAGCAGCGCCACUAAAAUUUACCACUUUUUGAACUACAUGACUCUGAAAUUUAGGACCCGGUAUCCGCUUUUCGGUGGGUGGAAGACGUCGUACGUUCUACGGUACGAAGUACCACUGUACGAGUACCUGUUUACACUAGAUAGUAGUUUUUUGUUGCAAAUACGUGCCAUAGAUUACGUACUUGAUAAGAUGGCAAUUGAAAGUGUCACAAUUAGGAUUGUUUUGCCUGAGGGGGCUCUAAUUAAGGGGAUUGUUAAGCCGGAAAUAAUUGACUUUAAAAACGAGGAAGUUAGUUGUCUUGGGGGGUUGUGUCUAUUCGGCAGACCUGUACUUGUUUUGAACGGCAGCGACUUAUUUGAUGACUAUAUAGUGAAUGUGAAUGUUGAGUAUUCGUUGAAAUGGUGGUACCUGUUGCGGGCGCCCCUCGUACUUAGUAUUUAUUUGGAAUUCGGGUUCGUGCUUGUUAUUUGCGCCAACAAAGUCAAGUUCUAAU